CAAAACAUUGCACGAUCUCUGCCAUCAUUGCAUUCUGAAGUCAUCGCAGCUAUCACAAUGGCGAAUCUGUUGUCUUUGCCUCUGGAGCUGCUGGUCCAUGUCUCCUCUUUCGUUUCGACUUCCGACCUUGGAGCUUUGCGUCUUACUUGCAAACAAACCGAAAAGUCUCUCUACGAGUGGUUUGCAGAUGAGUUCUUUGUCAAGAAGCAGUUCAUGCUCACCCAGCCAAGUCUGCAGGUACUGCUGGAUAUAUCUCGUCAUGUUAGCUUAUCAAAAAAGCUCAAGCACCUUAUCAUCGCCACCAACGUGUAUGAUGAUGUUCCAAUCCGUUUCAGAGACGCCGACGCAUGCUCUAGGUACAUGCAGGGCUAUGCUGACCAGAAAGCGCUGCUGGAGAACGGCAUCGACCGCGAGAUGUUGACCGCCAGUUUUAGAGGACUGACCAGCCUGGAGACCGUCGAUGUUCGUGAUUUCAGUGCUCCACGUGAACGCGAUGGCACUUGCUGGGCUUCCUGGGGCGCUACUACAGUAUACAAAGAGACUGGUGUGCGACUCCGCGAAUCGUAUCGUGGAACAGGCUUGCAAACGCGAUUCGUGUCGCACGUCUUUUCUACCCUCCUGUACGCUUUGGGCAAGGCCGGACGGAAGCCACGCAGAUUCGAAGUUCUUCUGCGCCACCAGCCUGCAGGACUUCCAGACAGCGCUUUUCAUCUGCCCGAAUUCACCUUCCCACUCGUUCAGUCGGUGCUGCAAAACCUUGAAGCGCUUUUCCUGACACUGAGACUAUCCGACAAUUCCACGGACAUCUAUCAUACUUACAGUAGUGGUCAGCCUAUAAGCACAAGGUCCGGCCGGUCUCUGGGUCAUUUCCUGAAUUGUACGCAAAACUUAACACACCUGCGCUUGAACUUUCAGAAGUUUCAAGCCGCUGGCAAUAUGAACUUCAUGAAGUGGCUUGCAGAGCUUCCUUCUGCUCCCGAGCCACCGCAUUCCACGAGAAUUACAACGACAGAACCAGCGCCUGUUAGCUUUCCUCACCUCAAAAUCUUGGAACUCGGACAGCUGGACGUGCAUAGGGACACUCUGCUCGCUGUGCUCUGCAAGUUCGCACCAACCCUCAAGAGCCUCAGUCUCUGGCGCAUGACUAUCGAGUCAGGGCAGUCCGGACCGUACGAUACGAAGCCCAACAUCUGGUCGCGAUUCUUCAGAGACCUUGAGUUUGUACCUGAGCUCGAGCUCACUGGGUUGAAAGCUGGCGCGCUUUCGCAGGAUAACCUCCUCGUGAAAUUCAAGGCUGAGAUUGAUGGGGAAGAGCAAGUCACGUCGAUGAGAGAAUAUUCAGGGAAUUCAAUGAAGGUAUUCAUCAAAGGAAUGGUGGAUGACGUUGUCGUGGAGUGGCCGCCAGAGAUAGAGAUGGUUGGCACUGAAAGCGAUUCAAACGAGGACGAGGACAUGGAUGAUGACGACGAUAGCAAUGAACAAGACGAAGAUGAGGAUGAUUAGCUGAUAUUUCAAUACAACCAAUGUGCACUUGAGUCAAUCUACAGACGCUCGUCACAUCAUGUCUACGUUGGCUAUAUGACUG